AUGUCUGCCCCCAAAUAUCCUAUCACCGCGACCUACUAUCCCGAGCUUGCGAGUAUCAUCAACAAUGAUGCCACGGCUAUCGAGCGCCUAGAGCUCGACUGUAUUAUGUGUAAGGACAGGAUGAGCAACCCAGAAGACAGGACUUGUGGUGCUUUCAUUUUCCCCUGCGGCCAUAUGUUCUGUCCCUUUUGUGUCAAAGAGUAUAGAGAGUACAAUCUAUCCAAUGGUAUCCCACACAAAUGUCCUGUCUUUCACUUUGACCUUAGCCGCAAAAUCUGCGGGUGUCCGAUCGACAACGAUACGUUAUUCAAGCCCACACAGCAACAAGAUGAGAACCUUUUGGCCAAACUGCAGGAGGAAAUCUCCAGCCUCAAGGGCUGUUGCGACUCGUGUCAUGUGGCUACUUUGAUCCACGGUUUGAGACAGGUCGCUCUCUACCUACAUGAUCCCGCACAGAUGAUCGAGGACGGACAUAUCUUGCGAAUUACCAUUAAAAAAUGCGACACGGAGAUGCGAAUCGAAUCUGAGAAGAACGAAGUGGUCAAACAGUUGCCAGUAUCGUCGGAUCUUCUGGAACUCUUUGAAAUUGCGGGAGACAGCCUCGACACGGCAUAUAACGGGCCUCGUCUUCCAGAGGAUGAAUCGUCCCUGUUCAACUUUGAACUGGCUCUUUGUAAGCAAUGUCCCGAGAACCAGGAUGACCACUGUCGGUUUAGAAGAGGAGAGAUGGAGUUAGUCAAGAAGAAGUUGCAAGCUCCCGGAUGUGACAGACUUGUACUGGGUCGUGAGGCGGCAGCCAUGUUAGCCAAGUCGUUCACUAGUGAUGAAGCUUAUAAGGAGUAUAUGUCAGAGACGAGAAAACUCCAACGUGAGGAAUUUGCUUUUCUUGAAGCUUUAGAGCUGAACGAGAAUAACCAGGAUGAUCAGGAUCGCCAGAGUCACCAGGAUCACGAAAUUUCUAGACUCUACGCCUUGGCUGCUAUCCCAGUUGCUGCUGGGCUUUUGGCUGGUGGAUACCAAUUCGGUAGUGAAAGGUGA